AUGUCCGGUUCGUGGGAACACGUUGACGUGGACGACUCGAACGACAUGUCCGUCGACGCUCGAGAUGAAAUCGUCAUCGGCGUCCUCGCCAUUCAAGGGAGCUAUCGCGAGCACGAAGCCUUGGUUCGCAAGUGCCAUCCGAAUGCUCGAGCGGUGGAGGUGCGGAAGGGAUCCCACCUGAAGAACUGCCGCGGUUUAAUCAUCCCGGGCGGUGAAUCGACCACCAUGGCGAACAUCGCGCGCAGAUUCGGUCUGUUCGAACCGCUCAGGGAGUUCCAAGCCAGCGGACGGUGCGUGUGGGGGACGUGCGCCGGGCUCAUCUUUCUCGCCGACCACAUCGAACGCGGGAGCAAGCUCGGGGGACAGGAGCUCCUGGGUGGAUUGGACGUCGGGGUGAAUAGGAAUUUCUUUGGCUCGCAAAUUGAUUCGUUCGAGUGCCAAAUUCCGUGGACCGCGACGACCGGGACGGACGAACCGCCGUUCCGAGCGGUGUUCAUCAGAGCCCCCGCUAUUACGAGCGCCGGCCCGAACGUGGAGGUACUCGCCAAGUACAAGCUCCCAGAGUCCAAAAAGGCCAAGCUCGUGGGAACUUCGGACGAGGGCAGGGAUGAAGUGAUCGUCGCCGUGAAGCAAGGCAAGCUCCUCGCGACGUCGUUCCAUCCUGAAAUCACGUCGGACACGCGUUGGCACAGGCUCUUCGUCGACAUGUGUGCGCACGAGACGCCGUACGAGCUCCCGACAGAGGAUGGCGAAGAGCUCGUCCCGUUCUGUCGUCCCCUUGAUUUACCCGUGUUCGAUGAUUCCGUCAUGGCACCUGUGGAAAAGAACUGA